UUUUUUGCGAGACGGAUCCUCUUGCAACUCGACCUCGCAACUCCUCAACCCGGCCAAAGCUGAGCGAUUCUCUCUUUCUCUCUCCUCCCAAGACAACCUUCAAUUACAAAUCGAUUCUCAGCUAAGUCGUCAUCCCACAUCAAACAGUCAAGAUGGCCGUCCCGGGUUCUCAGAUUUCUAAGCGCAGAAAGUUCGUCGCUGAUGGUGUCUUCUACGCCGAGCUGAACGAGUUCUUCCAGCGCGAGCUCGCCGAGGAGGGCUACUCGGGCGUCGAGGUGCGCGUGACCCCCACCGUCACCGACAUCAUCAUCCGCGCGACGCACACCCAGGAGGUCCUCGGCGAGCAGGGCCGCCGCAUCCGCGAGCUCACCUCUCUCAUCCAGAAGCGCUUCAAGUUCCCCGAGAACUCGGUCUCGCUCUACGCCGCCAAGGUCCAGAACCGCGGCCUGUCCGCCGUCGCCCAGUGCGAGUCCCUCCGCUACAAGCUCCUCAACGGCCUCGCCGUCCGCCGCGCCUGCUACGGCGUCCUGCGCUUCAUCAUGGAGAGCGGCGCCAAGGGCUGCGAGGUCGUCGUCUCCGGUAAGCUCCGCGCCGCCCGCGCCAAGUCCAUGAAGUUCACCGACGGCUUCAUGAUCCACUCCGGCCAGCCCGCCCGCGACUUCAUCGACAGCGCCACCCGCCACGUCCUCCUCCGCCAGGGUGUCCUCGGAAUCAAGGUCAAGAUCAUGCGCGGCUCCGACCCCGAGGGCAAGGCCGGCCCCUCCAAGUCCCUCCCCGACGCCGUCACCAUCAUCGAGCCCAAGGAGGAGUCGAGCAUCGUCACGCCCAUGAGCCAGGAUUACGGUGCCAAGGCCGCCCAGAUCCAGGCCCAGGCCGAGGCUGCUCGCGCUGCCGAGGAGGGCGCCGAGGAGGCCGCUCCCGCCGAGGAAUAAAUACAAACGUUUGAGCAGUCGGUGCUGGGCUCCUCAACCUGAAGAAAAGAACGGUGACGGUGGAAAGGAAAAGAGAGAACGGAGUGCUGAGUUGGUGAGGGGAGGGUGGCACGGAAACGGAUGAAUUCUAACGAGAAAAAAAGAAGAAGAAGAAAAUGCAGUAUUUAUUUUUUUUUCUUCUUCUCGAGGGCAAGAGAGAUUCUUCGGCGUCUUUGAUGAUCAUCAUUUGCAUUGCAAGGGACCGGGGGGGAUAUUUUAACGGAUGCCUCUAUUUGUCGAUUCUAGGCUGGCUAAGAUAUGACUCUGCUACGGAGAAAGUCGUAGACUUGCAAAAACAGCAAUCGUCGCACGCAAA